AUGGCCACACCUUUCCAAACGGAAGCCUGGACAGAAUAUGGACUCGGGGUUUUGGUCAUUCUCCUUCGAAUCUUUUCGCGUUGGAAAAUCGUUGGGUUCAACUGGCAGGGUGACGACUACUUUGCCAUUCUUUGCCUUAUCUUUUGGACUCUUGAGCUGUGUAUGUUGGAGCUCAUAGGCCAGAAUGGAACCAACAUCGGAAUCACGAAUGAGAUUGGCGCCACUUUGACGUCCGAAGAGAUAGCCAAGUUCGAGUUCGGGUCCAAAUGCCUGCUGGCGGGCUGGAACUUCUACGUCACACUCAUCUGGUGCUUGAAGGCCUGUAUCCUAUUCUUCUUCAGUCGUAUCACGUUAGUACCUGGCCCCUCAUGA